AUGUCUCUACUACAAAAGCUAAGGAGCUCGACUAAAUCUGGCUUCAGCUCAUCGAAUUCAGUGUCGCCAACCGCUGCAGCCAAACCAACAACAGCAGAAGCAGUGCCGUCGUCAAAAGAUUCCAAAAAUGCUGAAUCAAGCAAUUGGUCGGUCGACACGCCAAACAGCAAGAACCAUGCCGCAUCAGUAGCGUCCUCACACGGCCACGCAGAUCCGAAUUCGUCGUCCAAAGACACGAGAAUCUCAAGAACGGAUGCACCCGCCAGUCCCACGAAAAACAAUGAUUCCCUAUCUUCAUCAUCACACAAGCCAGCCACCGCGCCACUACAAGAUGCCACCAAUACAGUCGUAUCCCCCACCGCAUCAUCACCCACUAGAAUCGUACGAGCACACAAAUAUGCAUUGCCGGAAUUCCAUGUAGAUCGAACGUUGGGAACUGGAUCAUUUGGGCGUGUGCAUAUGGUCAAGUUGAAGAAUACCGGGAAAUAUUACGCAAUGAAAGUAUUGAGGAAAUCUGAAGUCGUGCGUAUGAAACAAGUCGAGCAUACUGUCAAUGAAAAGGCUAUUUUGGAACAGCUGGAUUUCCCAUUCUUGGUCAGCUUGCUCGGUACCUUCCAGGAUAGUCAUAAUGUGUAUUUCGUUAUGGAGUAUGUGCAGGGUGGUGAGCUCUUCUCGUACUUGCGCCGCUGUGGUCGCUUCCCUAACAACGUGGCUCGAUUCUAUGCCGCUGAAGUCAUAUGUGCAUUUGAGUACCUUCAUGCCAAGGAUAUCAUUUACCGUGAUUUGAAGCCAGAGAACUUGUUAAUUGACUCUCAAGGACACAUCAAGAUCACCGAUUUCGGAUUUGCCAAAAACGUACCAGAUGUCACUUGGACGCUUUGUGGAACUCCAGACUAUCUCGCUCCAGAGAUCAUCCAAUCUAAAGGUUACGGACGAGCGGUCGACUGGUGGGCAUUAGGUGUAUUGAUUUACGAGAUGCUAGCCGGCCACCCACCCUUCUACGACGAAGACCACUUCAAGCUCUACGAAAAGAUUCUGGCCUGCAAGCCCCGGUUCCCCACCCACUUUGACCCUAACGCCAAAGACCUGGUCAAGAGGCUGCUCACCACAGACUUGACGAAACGUUUUGGUAAUUUGAGAGGUGGGUCUGGUGAUAUCAAGCGCCACAAGUGGUUUUUGGGAUUAGAAUGGCAGAAACUGGUCAAGCUGCAGAUUCCUGCUCCGUACAUCCCGCCAUUGAAGAGUGAUGGCGAUACGUCCAACUUUGAGGCGUACCCUGAAGAUCAUGAGCAGUAUGGGUUGCCUGGUCCAGACCCACAUCGAGACAAGUUCAAAGAUUUCUAA